AAAGCCAAGACCAAGUCGAUUCCAAAGGCUGACGCCAAGAAAAAUACACCCAACAACCCAACAAAUGACAAAAGCUUAACAAAUACAAAAUCAACCCCUUUCCAUUCCUUCCACCCUCUACUCUCUUCUCACGCAUACACAUUAACAAUACUUUCCACUUCAAUUCUAAGUCUCUUUUUGAUUCCCAUUCCCUCUCGAGACAUAGGAUAACAAGGGAUAGCUAACUUAAAAUAAGGGAGCAACGAUAGGUCGAUACCUAUGGCAAAUAAUGCUGCCUCUUGCGCCGAGAGGGCUACAAGUGACAUGUUGAUUGCCCCAGACUGGGCCAUAAACAUUGAGCUUUGUGAUAUAAUCAACAUGGAUCCUGGGCAAGCAAAGGAUGCCUUAAAAGUACUCAAGAAGCGACUAGGAAGCAAAAAUCCUAAGAUACAACUUCUAGCUCUUUUUGCAUUGGAGACUAUCAGCAAAAAUUGUGGUGAGAAUGUAUUUCAGCAGAUCAUUGAGCGUGACAUCCUACAUGAAAUGGUUAAAAUAGUGAAGAAGAAGCCAGAUUUGAAUGUUAGAGAAAAGAUACUUAUCUUGAUAGACACGUGGCAAGAAGCUUUUGGAGGACCAAGGGGAAGGUAUCCCCAAUACUAUGCUGCAUACAAUGAACUAAGGGCUGCUGGAGUUGAGUUUCCACCCCGAGCAGAGAACAGUGUACCGCUCUUUACUCCUCCCCAAACACAGCCAAUAGUUGAUGCACCUUCAGCAUAUGAAGAUGUUGCUAUUCAAGCCUCUCUGCAAUCUGAUGCUUCAGGUCUCAGCUUACCAGAGAUUCAAAAUGCUAGGGGACUAGCAGAUGUGUUAAUGGAAAUGCUUAGUGCCUUGGAUCCUAAGAACCCUGAGGGGUUGAAAGAAGAGGUGAUUGUUGACCUUGUUGACCAGUGCCGAUCUUACCAAAAGCGUGUCAUGCUUCUUGUGAAUAGUACAUCAGAUGAGGAGCUUCUACUUCAGGGAUUGGCAUUGAAUGAUAACUUACAGCGAGUACUUCGUCGGCAUGAUGAUAUUGCGAAAGGUACCUAUCCUGCAGCAGAAACGGAAGCUGACACACCAGUUGUGCCACUUAUUAUUAACCAUGAUGAAGAUGAGACAGAAGAUGAUUUUGCCCAGCUGGCUCACAGUAAUAUCCACUGUAGGUCAUCAAGAGAAAAUUCACAAGGACGUGCCGAGAAACCAGUCAGUGUGAGGACUGAACCAACGAGACUCAGCCCUCUGCUUCCUCCUCCUCCUGCAUCAAAGAAGCCAGUCAAUGUGGACUCUGGCACAUUUGAUUAUCUCAGUGGUGAUGUCUACAAGUCACAAGGUUCUCCUCAGAAUUCAGAGCCCACAUCCAAUACUGUUCCAUUUCAUUUCAACACAAACCUCUCACCUCCACAUUCCCCAACUUUGUCUGCUUCAUCUCCACAGUCCCAUGCUGUAAAUUCAUCGCCUUUGUACCCUGGGCGGCCUUUAUAUGAUGAACCAGCUCCUUUAAGCAAAUCUGCUGAUCAGCUACCUCCAGCUCCUUGGGAUACACCUUCUCGUGGAUCUCUUCCACCCCCUCCUUCCAGGUAUAAUCAGAGACAGCAAUUCUUUGAGCAACAUGGAUCUAUUGGCAGUUCUACUAAUCCAAGUAGUGGCUCUGGUUCCUCUUAUGAUAGCUUAGUUGGACAAACCCAAAAUCUCUCGCUUAAUCCAUCUACUCCCAGCAAAGAAGCAAAACCGGAAGAUGCUCUCUUCAAAGAUCUGGUUGAUUUUGCAAAAGCCAAGUCAUCUUCAUCGUCCAAACCCAAUAGAUCAUUUUAGUCAGCAUAGUUCAUCUGGGUUGGUACAGCAUUUGGAUACUCGUAGGUCAAAGGUUUUCCAUGAGACUAUUAGAUUGAUUACCAGUUAAUAAAUGUCAGUUUUAAACUUUUGAGUUAUGGCUUGUCUAUGUUGUGUGGCAGAAUUUUAUGUUGAGAUGAACUGCUUAUUGAAUUUAUUCUAGUACAUAUAUUUAGAAUGUGAUUGUGCCA